CAAGUCUCCAAUAAAACACACCGCCAAAUGACACCUCCUUCUUCGAUCCCCCUCAUCAAACUCUUCCUCCUUUUCUUAUCAUCGCCAACGAUAGCCACCGGUGGCGCCGUCUCCUGCCGUGACACUUGCGGGUCCACGCCGGUAAAGUACCCAUUCGGCACCGGCCCUGGCUGCGGCUCUCCUCUGUUCCAUCCGUACAUAACAUGCGCACCCAACACCACCGGCGGCGACCAGCUCUACCUCACUACUCAAUCCGGCUCGUACCCUAUCACCUCCAUAUCCUACACCACCUCCACCUUAACCAUCGCACCACCGUGCAUGUCCACAUGCACCUUCAUGCAAACCUCACCCACCAAUUUCGGCCUUGACUGGACCACACCGUUCCAGAUCGGUUCUUCCACCUUCAUCCUCCUAUCCUGCGAACCACCCACGUCUUCCCUCACCGUCAAAUCCACGCCCAUCUGCGACCUCUCGUACGACCACCUUUGUGCUGCGUUGUACUCUUGUCCUUCCGUCGUGUCCCUUGGUCUUCCUCUCUUCGGUCCGACCAAUACUUGUUGUGUGUACUCGCCGGCGAACCUUGACGAUAAAGGAGAGUUGAACUUGAGGUCACUUAAGUGCCAGGCUUAUUCUUCGGUGAUGUCACUGGGGGAUAACCCGACUGACCCGACCCGGUGGGAGUACGGUGUUGCCGUGAAGUAUUCGUAUGGGAAUUUGGAUAACAGCGUUGUGAGUAGCAAGUGUAACAGUUGCGAGAUGAGUGGGGGGAUUUGCGGGUAUGGUUUACCCGGUAAUUCGUUUGUGUGUGUUUGUAAAGGCGGGUUCAACACCAGCUUAGAUUGCUCGAAUCGAAGUCAGAAUCCGGAUUUCAUUUGGGGCUCCGAUUCUGCUCCUUUUUCGACCCGUGGUGUUUGGAGUUGGAUUUUGGCAGGGGUUGUUUGUUGCCUAGUAAUGACGCUCAAGGGGGUGUUUGUCUGAAUUUAAUUAGCAAUUGGCAGGUCAUUACUGAGACUGUGGAGGGGGAACCCCGUAAUGCCUUUUUUAUCUGUAAAAAAUGAAGCCAAAGAGAAAAAGAAGAGAAUAAAGAUAAAUAUGCACGUGGUUAAUCUCUGUAAUGUAGGCUUGGACAUUGCAAACAUGCCUCUCCAGUUAGUGAUUCUUAAAAAAAAAAAAAAAAAAAAAUCUGAUCGCUACUGUGUUUCUUCCUUGUUUGUUAUUUGGUCUUUGCCUGUUUCAAGUUUGAACUUCUAAACUCUUUUGACUUGAUUAUUGA